GGAGCCAGAGUCCUAUAGCCACAAGAAGAGUGGAAAUGGCUCUUUCACCAGUAGGGCUUCAGAGAAGCUCACAGCCCCAGCUGACACGUGGGUUGCAGCCUGAUGAGACCCUGAAUCAGAAUAUUCAGUUGCAUGGACUUCUGACCUAUAGAAACUGUGAAAUAAUAAGAGAAACCCAAGAAGAUGUAGCCUCAGGUGUUAAUAGAAAAAGCAAAACUGAUCCACUCAAAGGAAAUUUACAGGAAUGUUUACCCAUCCUCUAAAAACUUUCUUAAUGAAGAGAGAUCAUCUUUCUAGGUUUUAGGAGAAGGUAGAUUCCAGGUACAUGAAAGUAGAAGAUGAGCUACACUUCUGUUAAACUCUUAACUAUUGGCUUAGUAAACCUUUGUGUCUAAAUAGUAAGCCCACUGUUUUUUUAUGAGACAUGUUCAAAACUACUCUAGGAAAAUAUUUUUAAAGUUAUUAUUGGAUGGUAGGAGUAUGGGGUGGAGUUGGCCUUAGGGAAGUGAGAGCAGCAAUAAUAAAAAGGAUUUUGGAAAACACAUGCUUGGCUCAAGUCAGUAUAUCUCCAGAAAUCAGGACGGACCAAGAAGGAGCAGAAAAGCAAGAUGAAUGAUGUGAAACUUGCUGUCUUGGGUGGUGAAGGAACGGGCAAAUCUGCCCUUACAGUAAGGUUUCUUACCAAGCGAUUUAUUGGAGAAUAUGCUUCUAAUUUUGAAUCUAUCUAUAAAAAGCAUUUGUAUUUGGAAGGGAAGCAAUUGAAUCUAGAAAUAUACGACUCUUGUUCUCAGCCACAGAAAGCAAAAUUUUCCCUCACAAGUGAGCUGCAUUGGGCAGAUGGGUUUAUUAUUGUGUAUGACAUCAGUGACAGGUCUUCGUUUGCUUUUGCAAAAGCACUAAUCUACAGAAUUCGGGAGCCACAGACUAGUCAUUGUAAAAGAGCUGUGGAAUCAGCUGUGCUUUUGGUGGGUAACAAGCAAGAUCUCUGUCAUGUGCGAGAGGUUGGCUGGGAAGAAGGGCAAAAACUGGCAUUGGAUAACCGGUGCCAAUUCUGUGAACUGUCUGCAGCAGAGCAAUCUCUGGAGGUGGAAAUGAUGUUUAUCAGAAUUAUCAAGGGCAUCCUGACAAACUUCAAACUCAAAGAAAAGAGAAGACCCAGUGGAUCUAAAUCCAUGGCCAAACUGAUCAAUAAUAUAUUUGGAAAGAGAAGGAAAUCUGUUUAAUUGACAUGUGAUCCUAAGGGAUUUAUUAUAUCAGAGAGUUUCAAACUUUUGUAUGGUAAUUAAAUUUACCCUUUGUAUGCAAUUAAAAAAUUCUCUUAGAGAUAUGAAAUAAUUGGCCAUGAACCACAACUGUGUUUUCAAAUAUAUAGUUUGCCUUCUUAGUUGUUUGUAUCUUGUACAUUUUGCUUCACACUUAACCUUUUCUUUA